AUGGCAUCCCACCAAACCAGCGCUGACAACGUCCCUCCAAAAGAUCUAACCGACUCUCAAAUUGCCAAAGAUGCCGGGUUCAACAACAUCAGGGAAUUCAUGAUAUCCUAUGGGCUGAACCCUGCCAACACCAAAGAUGUCGUCGAGGCGAGGGAAAUUAUGCAGGGCUUUCGCGAGAUGUACAAGAACACCUGGGAGGAAGACCAUCCAACGGGCAAUGAACAGCGGAGCCGUAUGAAUAAUGGGGCUCAGCAGACAAAUGAAGGAGCACAAGCUGGACGGGAUCUCGACGAUCAUCGCUCCCACGACACUGAAUCUGAAGACGAUGAGACCAGCGAGGAAGACGACGACUAUGAAUCCAGCCGUAGCGACUACGAUUCUGAAUAUUAUGGCUCGGAUGACCCUGAAUCUGACGUCUAUGACUCUGAGGGGGGUGUCUCCUACUACGAUGACUACACUGGGAUGGAUGAUUCCGACUACGGGGACGUCGACUAUGAUGGAUAUGACUAG